AGGUCGUUGGCUCGCAACAGUGUGCGCGUGCACAUGCAGCUGCUACGCUGGUGCGGGUACUGCCGGCUGGACGGUGGCAAGUGCGGCGGAGGUGCAGAUAACGAGAGCUUGCAUCGCGUCUACCGCGCCUUUACGCUGGCGCUCACCAUUGCCUAUUUGCUUCAGGAGUGCGUGUACGCGUAUCAGGAGCGGCACGACAUGGAUAAAGUGGCGCGCGUGAUGUUCCUGCUGCUGUGCCACAUCACCUCCAUCGCCAAGCAGCUCGUGUUUUAUCUGGACGCGGACCGCGUGGAGCACCUGGUGACCGGUCUCGAUGACCCGUUGUACAACCAGCAGGCCGGCGGUGCGCGGCGGCUGUUGGAGGCGACGGCGACGUGGGCCUCGCGCUUCGUUCGGAUGUACUCGGGCUGUGCGGUGGUCACCUGCACUCUAUGGAUCAUCUUCCCGGUGAUAUACCAUUUGCGCGGGCAACAAGUGGAGUUUCCAUUCUGGAUCGGUGUGGACUACUCCAAUUCGCACUGGUUUGCGGCGGUGUUGCUCUAUUCGUACUACGUCACAACGCUGGUGGGAAUCGCCAAUACCACCAUGGACGCGUUCAUGGCCACCGUGCUCAACCAGUGCAAAACACAGCUCACUAUUUUGCGUUUGAAUUUUAAGAGCCUACCUGAGCGUGCGGCAGCGGCAGCAGGCGCUGGCGCAGUCUGCCGCGCCAGGCACGACGCGGCGCUGAUGACCGCUCUGCUGCAGUGUCUCGCACACUACAAGCACAUAGUCGACACGGCGGGUCUUCUGCAGCGCAUUUUCGGCACUGCAAUACUCAUACAAUUCGCUAUUGGCGGCUGGAUCCUAUGCAUGGCCGCUUACAAGAUAGUCAGCUUGAGCAUGCUGAGCAUAGAGUUCGCGUCCAUGGUGCUGUUCACGAGCUGCAUCCUGACCGAGCUAUUCCUCUACUGCUACUACGGCAACGAGGUCACUGUAGAGAGCAAUCGGCUGGUGGAGUCAAUUUAUAGCAUGGAGUGGGUGGAGACAGGCGUGCGGUUCAAGCGCGCGCUACUGAUCGUCAUGGAGCGCGCCAAGCGGCCGCUGCGCCCUGCUGCUGGCCUCAUCAUCCCGCUGUCGCUCGACACAUUCGUCAAGAUUAUAAAGUCGUCGUACACAUUCUACGCGGUGCUGCGGCAGACCAAGUAGUUAGUGGAGCCUCCCGCCGCCUCCGCAGACAUGUCCAGGGGACUGCAUAGCACGUGCUAAUUACUUACAUAAACGUACCCGGUAGCUCACUGUCGUAGUUUCUUAUUUCUAUUACCUCGUACGCUUAGUUUAUGACAAUCAUAUUAUUACAUGA